AUGCAGCUCGACUUCUCGAUCAGAGUUCCCCGAGUGCCGUGGAAUGCUGACAAAAGAAUAUUCCUAUGCUGUCUCCACAAAAUUUUUGAGAGGGACAGUGCUGCGUUCAAGGAAAUCUUCAAUGCUAAAUACAGAAGGGACUUAGAGAACAGUGGCUUCACUGAUGGGAGAACUUCUAGCUCAACAUUGGACAGUCAAUGGGGGGACAUGAGGCGACUAGGGGAUCCUAUUUGGGGCCGUGUCCAUAAGGCUCCUCUCAACCACGGCGAUUUGCUACCAGUCAAAGACAUGAUCAUCGAUGUUGCUCGAUCACUUGGAGUUUCGCUCGUUGAGAAGGAAAUCGAUGACAUAGACACGUCAGGGUACCGCGCAAGGACCGCUAAAUCUGGCAGGACCACUGCUUCCGACCCAGCUGCUCUAACCUCAAGUUCUGAGAACUCUACACCCCACUCAGCUACUUUUGUUCAUCACCAAAAUACCUCGUCAGGAUGCCAUAAUCCCAGUGUAAACGUCUUGCAAUCAUCAGCACAGCCCCUGACCACGCAUGGUGGAAAGGUCUGCUGGUGGUGCUUAGACCAAGAAGACGACGCAGCUGAACCUAAUACAUCUUUGACAUCUCCACGAAGUGAUUACCUACCGCCGCUUCUGUAUAGAUGGUCGAACGCAGAUUCACAGGGCAUCAAUACUCCAAAGCGAUAUAUCGCUGGGUUAUUUGCUGACUCUGAGGUCAGCCCCUUCCUUCCUGAACACAUUGCCCCGGAAAAAUUCAACGGUUAUGUCCUGAAUCAUGUCAGCAUCGCAAGCCAUCCAAGCCCCUUCAUUUCGACAUUUCAGUCAAUUCUAGCCCCGAUCCACCGAGCAAUAUGGGGGAAGGAAGGGGCUAGGGUCUCCAUCAUCGAUACAAGGAAGCUUACAGGCCCGGUGUACUUCGCCAAAUCCCUUGUACAGCAGAACAAGAUCCGAAUCCCGGGCUACAGUGGCGUAGGAGAGUAUCUUAUAUGGGGAGAGAUCCAAACGCCUGCGAUAAUUUGCUCAUUCAAGAUCACUACAAUCAUCCAGAUUGCGCAAGAGAAUGAAGAUAUCGGCAGAAUCCUGCAACUUGACAAAAUCGCCUCCUAUAAACGUGUUCGGGGAAAGCUACGGACAGUUCUUUCGAAGGAGACCGACAGUAUGAAUUUGGAUCAUGCUUCUGGUGUCAGCUUGGGUAAAUUACUCCAACUGAUCAAUGUGCCCCAGGCAUAUUCUCAGAUGGUUGGCGAGGGCAUCCUCAGGUCAUGGCAACUACGGAAGCAGGGAGACUGGCAGGAAUUUCGCCAAGGGCUUGAAGUUGGGUUUUUCACCCGGUUACGUCAAACAUCCUCCAUUUCAUACCUAGUCAACCUGGAUGUAACGCCAGCUGGAAGAGCUCUGGCCAGGGGAAUUGGAACAGAUUAUCUUGUUCAGCAUGACACCGUUGUGCAUGAAGAAGAGGAAGAGAGAUUCGAAGAGAUAGAAGAAGACGACGAAGAUGAUGAUGACGACGUCCGGUCCAUCUUUGACACGCCAUGUCCAGUUCGGCUGGCCCACUCGAUUUCAUCUAUCACGCCCCCGGAGACUCGGCCCGUCACUCGAAUUGAGCUUUACAACCCCGCCACUGGUAACUGGUCUCUGGCUCAAGAAUCUCAGCAAUCAAGUCCUACAGAAGCUGAGUCUUUCUCUCCGCAAUCCAGCGUGAUUGUCUUGGAUGACUUCGAAGAAGAAAUUGAAGAGCUUGGGGAUAUGAUCAUGGGGGAGGAUAUCUCUGAUCUGGGUACAGCUGAGCAUCCACCCACGGAUCAAUUCGCUUCAGAUCGCGAAAGGAUUAGGCGUUUCCUAAAGUGA